AUGGCGGAGCGAUCCUACGCAGCAGGCACCUGGGGCCGCCUGGUGGUUCCGCUCGUGCUUGAUAUGGGGGCUUGCAUCGUGAGCGGCCUUUGGUUCCACUACAUGCGCGAUGCCCUGAGCCAGACCGUCCGCGCCGCAGACCUCCUGGCGCUUCCAACGCCGCCCGUCCUGCUCUUGGUCCCGGCGAUCCUUGUGGCCACCCUCGUCGCGACUGUCAUCUUCUCCACCGCUCCCCUCGCCACCUCGGCACUGCACUCGUUCCGCCGCUCCCCCGCGCCGCCGCCGGGCGCGCCGCGGCUGUCCGCGGCGGCGGCGGCCAACGCGCUGCUGUUCCUGCUGGCCGUGUGGCUGGCCGUUGUCGUGGCGAUCACGGUCCUUUGGACUGGCGUGGCCAUGGUGACCGUCAAGUCGACGGCCGACGCGGCCGUCACUCUCAAAACCGUCGACCCCGCCAUCAAGACGCUGAUCUUCCAGUCCACCAACGGCGCCGUCGACGCGACGAAGGACGGAUUCAUCAUCCCCAUAAGACUCGGCGCCGCGUUCUCCGCGCGGCGCCACAGCCGCGCCGCGGCUGCCGCGGCCGCGGCUGGCGCUGUCGGCGGCGGGUCGCCGUGGCCGUCAGAGUUUGACGAGGGGGCCGUUGUGGAGGUGGAGUCGCGGGCGGGCAACGGAUUCAAGGCGCCGCGCGGGGACGUGCAGCGCCGCGACACCUUUGGGGAGUCCGACGUAUGA